AUGCACAUGGCGCGGAGCAGCCCCGCCCGGGUUGGUGUCGAACCCGAGCGGGUCCUCCUCCCAAUCCCGGCGCCCACCCUCCGCGUCGUCCUGCUCAUCGCGGCCUGCGCUGCGGCUGCGGCGGGCGAGGACGCCACCGACGACCUGUGCGGCGUCACGUCCAACCGGAAGAAGCAGGAGGUCUACUCGCCGACGGGCGACCUCUCCUUCCUGCCGGCGGCGGUUCGCGGCUCGCCCCACCACGCCGACGGGCGCCUGCUCGUCAUCAAGGUGCUCGGGACCUUCCUGGGCGACGCCGCUGAGGCCUCGCGCCGCCUCGUCGAGCGGGUGCGCCGUGCGCUGGCGCCGCUGGCGGGGCGGGAGGGCGUGUGCGGCCUCCACGACACGCGGCGGUGCAACCUCGCGCUCCAGAUCCAAAUGACGCUCAACCGCUUUUGCGCAAACGCCUCCCUCAACUACUUCCUCCGCACUAUGCCGGAGGAGGCGACGCGGGAGGCGGCACGGCUGCACGAUCGGCUCAUCGGCGAGGCGUUCAACGAGCUCACGGCGGGGCGCCUGAGCUCGACGGCGCAGCGCAGGGCGGCGCUGCAGCAGGCGCGGCUGCCAGUCAAGCUCGGCGGCGCCGGCCUCACCUCCAUGUCGGCGGUGGCGGCGGCGGCGGUGGCGGCGGCGGGGGCGGCGGCCGGGCAGGCGGAGGCGGAGUCGGCGGUCGAGCAGGCGCUGGCGGCGGUGUCUCUCAAGGCGCGGUACGCUCGCGAGGCGCGCGUGCGCGGGGCGGCGGGCGGCGGCGGUGGCGGCGGCGGCGGCGGGGAUGCUGAGAUGCGGGCCGCCGAGGGCAGCGAGGGCGGCGAGGGCGGCGAGGGCGGCGGGGGCGGCGGGGGCGGCGAGGGCCGCGAGGGAGGGGAGGCGGGAGGCGCCACUCUAGGAGGCGGGGGCGGGGCUGGCGCGGCGGGGGGCGGCGCCGGCCUCGCCGCCGGUGGGGGCGCGGAGGGCGCCGAGUCGAGGGCGGCGGAGGCGGCCAAGGCGGCGGUGGGCCGCGGGCUGCGCGGCGACGAGGUGGUGGACGCGAUCCGACGCGCGGGCGUGGUUUUGCUGCCGGUCCACCUCGACGUCGCGCGCCGCCAGGCGCGGCUGGUGGCGGCGCACGCCGCCCUCGACGCCAAGUACCGAGAGGACAAGAAGACGUACUAUUUCUACGACAAGACUGGCCGGGCCUACCGCAUCUACAACCCGAGAGGGCUGCCCCCGGCGCAUACAUAUCUUCCGCUUACCGAAUGGAGCUCGCGCAGCAAUCUUCUACAACACGCUCAGCGCCGAUACUCCGCGACGAUUCACCAUUCGGCCUGGAGGGACAUGCAUGCGGCGGCGGGCCGCGCAGGGAGGAGGGAGCAGGUGCGGUUUGUCUCGGUCAGCCAGUUCGGCGCGGGCGCGUUCUUGAACGCGAUCCCGACCCGCGCGCACUUCCGUCUGCCCUCGUACGUGCUGCGCUUCGCGCUGCAGCGCCGCUUCGGAUUGCACCUGUCGAUGAUGACGGACGUUAUGGCGGACGGCAUCUACAGCCAGCACGGUCUGCCCUUUGACGCCCUCGGCGACGUGGCGCAGAACGACGGCGCGGCGGGCCACCAGACGCGGCACAAGGAGGUCCUCCUGGACCUCGUCGAGCUGCUGCGGGGCAAGCUGGGGCGCGGCGCUGUGGAGCACGAGUUUCACUGCGAGCACAGCACUACGAGGACGGACUUGUACAUUUACCAGGGCGUGAUUGGGGACCUGCCAUGCAUCGGCGACACGAAGAUCUUUGCCGGUGUGCCGUCGGACCCCUCGGGGGCGGGGCGCAUGGGGGCGUUCGUCGCUUGCGGCAACACGCUGCCACGCGCCCGCGAGACGGUUCUGGGCGUGGAGGGCGGGGACAGGGGUGGGAGGGUGGGACGGUGGGAUCCGCGGACGGGGACCGGGACGGUUGAGGCUGUCAAGGGCCAGUACACGGACGCAGAGGGGAAGUGCCAUGUGGAGGCGUUGCUCUUCGAGGAGUUCGGCGCAAUGAGCGCGGGGGUGGAGGAGCUGCUGAUGCGGGUGGCUGAGGUGGCGGGCCGGAAGCUCACGUGGUGGCAGUACGACCAGACGUCGUGGUCGGCGCGCGAAUGGAUGCCGUUUGCGCUGCAGCGACUGUCGGUGCAGCUCUGGGUGGCGCUCGCGGACGAGGCACAGCGCGCCAUUGCGAGCGCUGGCGCCACGCCAGACCACUACACCAGUGCCGGUGCGAGGCGCUCGCUCGAGCACUACACCGGUGCAAAGGUGCAGGCGGAGAAGCCCGAGGCUCUGUGGGGGCUCGACAACAUCCACAUGGGCUACUACCCGCACCUUUCGGGCGAUGGCUUCGUGCGGCUCUCCUUUGCACAGGCCGCCGACGCGCUCACGCAGCGUAUGGUUGAGGCCGCCGGCAUCAAUCACGAAUCCACCGUGCUGGACCUCGGCUCGGGCAGAGGGCUCGCCUGCCUCCAGAUAGCGCAGUUCACGGGUGCUGCUUGCGUCGGCCUCGACCUCACACCCGGCAACGUGGCGCGCUCGCGGGAGCUAGCAUCCCAGCACCCGGAGCUCAACCUGAUGUUCGUCGAGGGAAGCUUCACGAGCUUGCUGGCGUCGGGCGGGCAGCUCGUGGUGAGCGACUUUGUCGCGGGAUUCGGGAGGGUGGAGGCCUCGGCGGAGACACGCCUGCACUGGUACGACCGCACCUCCGUGCCGUGCUGCUUGCACAGCCACGCACAGUGGACCGAGCUGGCCGAAGCGAGUGGCCUCCGGCUCCUGCGCUACGAGGCCCUGGACGAGCACCAGCAGCACGGCUACCUCGAGCUCGCCGCCGCGGCGCGGGCGCACGGCAUGUUCGCGCUAGCAGACUCGUACCGGUGGUCGGCGCAGUCGGUCCGUGCAGGGCACGUUGGAAUGAACCUCGCCCUCUUCUCUGCUCGCGGCGGGCGACUGGCGGGGAGCCAAGAGGUGAACAACGCGGCGGCGGCGAGUGGCGGAGCGGCGGAGUCGACGACGGUAGUGGGCCUCGCUCCAGAGCUCGAUACCAAAGGAGUCGGCGCGAUUGGCUCUGCCGCCGCCGCCCAGCACUACUACACCGUGGCGGGCGGCAGCCGCGGACAUUACAACCGCAUCCUCGGGCCGGAUAACAUCCACACCGGCUACUACCCGCACCUCUCCUCCCCGUCUCUCGUGCGGCUCAACUUGCCUCAGGCCGCCGACGCGCUGACAGAGCGAAUGACUCGGCUCGGGCGCGUCAACAGCUCCUCGCGCGUCCUCGACCUGGGCUCCGGCAAAGGGCGGUCCUGCCGGCUGCUGGCGUCGCUGACGGGCGCGGCUUGCGUCGGGGUUGACCUCACGCCAGCCAACGUGGAGCGCAGCAAGGAGGCGGCGCCGCCCGGCCUCCGCCUGCGCUACUUUCACGGCAGCAUGACGGCCCUGCCAGUCGAGGCGCUGACCGAGCCUGAGGGCGCGGGCGAGCCUGCUCUCUUCACUCACGUCUUUGCGCAGCUGAGCCUGUGCUACGUGCCGAAGGAGGUGGCCGCCGUACUCGCCCAGGCUCGCAAGGUCCUCGCGCCGGGUGGCCUCCUCGUCUUCGCCGACCACACCGCGGGCGACGGCCAGUUCGAAGGGACGGCUGCGACGCCGCCUCAGAGCGCCGGCUGGUACCGCCGGCUGCACAUGGGCAGCCCGCCUCGCUCUCAUGGCGCGUGGCGGAGGCUCCUUCACGAGGAGGGCUUCACGAUUCGCUUUUACGAGAACAUCGACGACCACAUGGCCACAUCAUAUCGAGACGCGGCGGCGACAGCGAGCUCGCUCGACCUGGUGAGCCAGGACGGAGUCCCGGUCGCAGAGCAGUACCGAGAGCAGGUCUGGACCCUCGAGGAAGGCCACAACGGGAUGUUUAUUGCUGUCGUCUCACCGUAA